AGGCCUAGCUCCUAAUCAACCGUUUCGUCCUUGUGCUUGUUAAUGGAGUCUUCCCAUCAUUUCAUGUAAGUUGCUACUUGGCUCCCCUUUCACAUCGAAGACGAAAAGAAAUGUGCAUUCUGUCCGAGAGAUUUCGAGGAACGGCUGGAGAAUCGAUCGAUGCGAUUUGGGUCUGCGCUUCCGGGCCGCUGCACCCGCAGGAGGGUUAGCAGCACUGAAUGGAGAGAGUGACUGAAACGGAGUGGCCCAACCUUUGCUAGCCCUACACAGUUGUGGAGCUCUUGUCGGAUUCGGUCUUUGGGGUUUUGGGUUUUUGGUGUUUUUGACAGGUUGGGACUGGUCUCGGCGCUGCUGGAGCGAUAGCCGUGUGAAGGUGGACCAUCAUGGAAGUGCAAGAGAGAGUGCAGGCAGCGGCGUUAUCUCCACUUUUGAAUCAAAUAGUUGCACCAGGUGAUGUCGUACUUGAUUUGACAAAAGCCGGGAAAGUCGUUCGUCUUGGUGGUGGCUUGCGUCAGGAUGGUGACAGCAUUGUCGUAACCCGCGCCGGAAGACUGAGGCACACGAAACCUAACAAGUACUGGGUGGAGGGAUCACAGAAAAGGUAUGUUCCCAAUUUGGAGGAUGGUGUGAUCGGUAUAGUAACUGACCGGCGAUUUGAGGCCUUUUCAUUGGAUAUUGGUGCACCAACUUUUGCUACCCUGCCCAUACUGGCGUUUGAAGGAGCCACGAGGCGUAACGCCCCAAAUCUUCAGCCCGGAGCUGCUGUUUAUGCACGAGUCGUGAAGUGUCACCGUGAUGUUCAGCCUGAGCUCUCAUGCAUGGACGUUAGCAACAAAUCGUCGGGGUUCGGCCCUUUGAAAAAUGGAUACAUCUUUGACUGCUCAACAGGUCUUGCAAGAUCGCUGUUGAGCAAACCAAUGUGCCCCGUUUUGGAAGCUCUGGGAAAGCGUCUAUCAUAUGAGAUUGCAGUCGGUCUCAACGGUCGCGUUUGGGUGAACGCCGAAGAACCCUCAACCAUUGUUGCUGUCAGCAAUGCGAUUUUGGCCGCAGAGUUUCUGACUCCAGCUCAACAGCAUAUAAUGGUUGCACGAAUUAUGGUAACCAUGCAAUAGUAUGUUGGGGACGAAGAUCCUUUCUCUCAAUUUGCUCUCGAUCCGAAGUGAUUCGAAAUAUAGCUGUUUUCUUGUAUCAUAUGGAUUCACAAUUGUUCCACAACGGUGCUUUCUAUGUUGGCUUAAGU